CUUGUGCGGUCGUAACAUUCAAGUUUGUGUGCAGACGAAUGACUAAUAAUAUCGACAGUAUCAUCUAAGAUUUAUGUCUGAGCGGUUAAUUAUUUCAAAGGAGCCGUUCGGUAAUAUCAUUCCGUGCAGGGCAUUUACUACGAACGCAGCGCGGUGUCAGUUAGGUUUAUGUUGGUGAAGCUCAACUGGGAAAAUGCAAACGUAAGCCAGGCCAGAUAGCUGAACGCUGGCUGGCUGUAUUCAACCACACGAGAGCAUAAAUGAUUUCAUGAACGAAUUUGCAGAGUUGGUCUUCAACAGUGGUGAAGAUGCGGAAGGACGUCAGAAUAUUACUGGUGGGAGAGCCCAAGGUGGGGAAGACUUCCCUGAUCAUGUCCCUGGUCAGCGAGGAGUUCCCACAGGUGGUGCCCUACCGGGCUGAAGAGAUCACCAUACCGGCAGACGUCACCCCAGAGAGAGUUCCUACACACAUAGUAGACUACUCGGAGGCGGAACAAACAGAUGAGCAGUUGUCUUCAGAGAUAUCAAAGGCCAAUGUGAUUUGCAUAGUGUACGCCGUCAACAACAAGAAGUCCAUUGAGAAGGUGACCAGCCAUUGGAUUCCACUUAUAAAUGAAAAUACAGACAAGGACAGCAGGGUUCCUGUCAUCCUGGUCGGGAACAAGUCUGACCUGGUGGAACACAGCAGCAUGGAGACCAUCCUGCCCGUCAUGAACCAGUACACUGAGAUAGAGACAUGUGUGGAGUGUUCAGCAAAGAACCUGAAGAACAUAUCUGAGUUGUUUUACUACGCCCAAAAGGCUGUCCUGCACCCCACUGGCCCGUUAUACUGUCCAGAGGAGAAACGGAUGAAGCCCGCUUGCAUCAAAGCGCUGACUCGCAUCUUCAAGAUAUCCGACCUGGACAACGAUGGGAUUCUCAAUGAUAAUGAGCUCAACUUCUUCCAGAGGACAUGCUUCAAUGCCCCACUGGCAUCCCAGGCCCUGGAGGACGUGAAGAACGUUGUGAGGAAGAACGUGAUCGACGGUGUGUGUGACAACGGCCUCACUCUCAAAGGGUUCCUGUUCCUCCACACCCUCUUCAUCCAGAGGGGGAGACAUGAGACCACCUGGACGGUCCUCAGGAGGUUCGGCUACGACGACGACCUGGAACUCCACCAGGACUACCUGUUCCCACUCACGUUGAAAGUACCUCCAGACUGCACCACCGAGCUGAAUCACAAUGCCUACCUCUUCCUCCAGAGUGUCUUCGACAAACAUGACAAGGACCGGGACUGUGCCCUGUCCCCAGAGGAGCUGAAGGACCUGUUUGACGUGUUCCCCUACAUGCCCUGGGGUCCCGACGUCAACAACACGGUGUGCACCAACGACGAAGGCUGGAUCACCUACCAGGGCUACCUGUCCCAGUGGACGUUGACCACCUACCUGGAUGUCCAGCGCUGCCUGGAGUACCUGGGUUACCUUGGUUACUCCAUCAUCUCUGAGCAGGAGUCCCAGGCAGCGGCCAUCACAGUGACGAGGGACAAGAAGAUUGACCUGCAGAAGAAGCAGACCCAGCGCAGUGUGUUCCGCUGUAACAUCUUCGGGGACAGCGGCAGUGGCAAGAGCGGCUUCCUGCAAGCCUUCCUUGGAAGAAACCUCACGCGUCAAAACACUGUUAGCGAAGAGCACAUGUCCUACUAUGCUAUCAGCACAGCAUAUGUGUAUGGUCAGGAGAAAUACCUACUGCUCCACGAGGUCUUCUCAGACUUUGACGUCCUCUCGGACACUGACCUGGCUUGUGACAUUGUGUGUCUGGUGUACGACGCCAGCAACCCCCACUCCUUCGAGUACUGCGCCAGAGUCUUCAAGCAGUACUUCAUGGACACCAAGACGCCGUGCAUGAUGAUCGCAGCCAAGUCGGACCUCCAGGAGACCAAGCAGCUAUACGCCCUCACCCCUCUGGAGUUCUGUAGGAAGCACAAGAUGCCCCCUCCGCAGGCCUUCACCUGCAACACGGCAGACGCACCCUGCAAAGACAUCUACACCAAACUCACCACCAUGGCCAUGCACCCUCACGCUCGGCUGCGCUGUAUGUGUACCUGUAACAGGUGCACCUUCUGCCACCUGCAGAACUUCAUCAACUCAGAGCUGGUGCAGACGGUGAAGGCCAAGCUCUACUCUGCCAUUCUCAGCAGACAUGUGACACAGGCUGACCUGAAGAGCUCCACCUUCUGGUUGAGAGUGAGCGUGGGAGCCACUGUGUUCGCCGUGCUGGGCUUCGCCAUGUGCAGAGUGCUGCUCAAACAACGGUGAUCCACCCACCACCGUGCAAAUCUAACCUCUGCGAUACUUGUACCCAAAUUUGUUUGUGCUGUUUUGCCAACUACUAGGUCUAUAAGUGAAACGCUAGGAUUCACUCCAGUCUCCCAUUGACAUCAAUACAUGACUAAGUGAAAAUUCAACUUAAGUGCAAGUUAGGAUCUGCCACAUAGGCGAUAGGAUUUGGCAGAACAGCAGUAACAGAUCUGGGACCAGGCUAAACCUUGUACCCUCUCCCAAUAAAUAUCUCUCUGGGGACAUACUGGAUGUUUUAGGAUCUCAAUGUGAUGAGGGGAAAAGGCAAACCUUAUUUAGUUAUACACCUAGAGAUUUCACAAGAAAAUGACUGUUCUUUAUUUUGGUGUCUGCGCACUCAGUAUGUCUAUAUAUAAUAUUUAUAUUGAGAAUGUGAUUAUAUAACUACUGAUGAAGCUUGGAAUUUCUUCUCUUUGCGCAAUAUAUAAAACAUUUGAGGGGGCAUACCUGUGUGGAUUGAAAUGGUGAAACAACUCAAUCUUAAUCAGUUGAAGUAAGGGUAGUGAAAUGGGUACGCAAAAGAACCAAUACCAUACACAAAAACAUAUGCUUUAAAACAAAUACUGAAACAAUGUGUAAAUAAUGUGUAUAUAUAUAACUGCUUGUAUAUUUGUUUUAUUUGAACAAACGGGACAUUAUGAAGUUCACGUGCUGAAGCUAUAAUUGUACAACAAAGCCACAUUCGAGGCUAUAAAGGGAUUAGCUUUCACUCCGUUAUUUAGUAUUUUCUAAUAUCCUCAAACCUGUUCAGUAAAGGCUGUUCUGCUGUUAUUAAAAGAAGGUUGUUCUUUAGUCUGCCUUCCAGGGUCAGAAGCUUGGGGGCACACUUACAAAUUUGUAAGGCUGAAUCAGCCCAUGUUCAAUCAAUGGAUGUUCCGUAUGGGAUGAUACUUGUUGGGUGUCUGCGCCUUACCCCUAGAACUCAGUAAGGCCGAAGUAUCCUCUGUGGCCCACCCAUGGCUUCCUGUAUGGGUAUGGACCGCCCAGGUGGUGUGUGUGUUGGGCAUGCAUGUUAUUGUGUGUGCUUGCUAUGUGUGUAUGUGAGGCUGAACAGUUAUUAUAUUUGCAGGAGCUGUAUUUGCAUGCUUUGCUUUUUUCUGAUCAUCCUCCAAUAUUGUUAUAAUAUCAAAUAUACUGUUAUUAUGAAGCCAACAUUCUUCACAAUGGUACUAUUCCAAUUAUCCAAAUGUUAUCCAGCACCCCCAAAUCCCAGAACAUUAGGACAAUUGUGUUUGACAUUUUGCCUUUCCAAUGUUUAUAAUAAAUAAAUCCACUUUAAUCCUG